UGGCGUUUGAUUGUUCGAGAUCUAGUUCCCUAUCCCUGCGACCUCAUGCAGGCGUGUCCUGCAUGGGGCUGCGGUCUGGCUGGUGCGCAGAGAAUACCGCUUGUUCGUUUCCUCUUGUGAUCUUAGAUAGUCGUUGAACAAGAGUGCUGUGCAAGACAAGCCAGAGUCGCAGGAGUGACAAAAGCAUCGAUGCAGGUAUGAGGGCAGAGCGAUUACUGGGACCAGCAAUAUUUGGCGGCGCUUCUCUUUCGAGCCAUACAAGCGCACGCUCGAGCUAUUUGCGGCUUUUGAUGGAGAGGCUCUUGUGUUCAACAGAAGCUCCAUCUCGUCGAAUUCUUUACGUUUCCAUAGUCUAGGUCUACUACUUCUCGUCGACCCAUUAGACAGAACUUCUCUACUACCAAAAAGAUGGCAGCUGUACCGGGUGCGGACGCGUUUCCCGGUGUUCCACCGGAACACAAGGAAUCGAUCGAGGAGAUUACACUGCACCAACAAAUCCGCACGUUGGAGAUCGAUUCGGCCUUGCUGCAGAUGCAGAAUAUUGAAAGGAAAAAGUCCCCCUCCCCAUAUCGGAAAGGUAUGUUUCCGAAAAUUUGUGUUGAAUCAAAUUUGUCUUGCAAGAAGACAAGGGCAGAAGCUUCCGUCCCAUUAUGGAAGCGCUUUGUCAUGCUGUUGCGCCUAAAGGGCAGCCGUUUGCAAUGCUGAGCAACUAGACUGGAUCUGGCCGCAGUGCCUUCCUGCAAUACAAGGUUUGUGUACACAAAUCCAGCAUCAGAAGUUCCGUUUUAAUAUCGGGAGGGGGCAUUUUCCACUUUGAUACAGAACCAGUUGCGCUCGCAGCGGUUGCUGCUCGAGGAGUGGGCGGAGUUUGCAAAGACAGAAGAAGAGAAAACCGCGUACCAAGCGGCGCAGGAGCAGUACGACGCAAUGGUGAAACAGCUGGACCGCUUGGAAAACCGGAAUAAGCCGGAAUAAGUUUCUACAGUGGAAGAGAAAGCGUCGUGCUGCGGAACAAGUGAGUAAAAACCGCAUUUGUUAUUUUCCUUCGUGUGAACAAUUCGAGGUUAACACGACGAAUUUUGAGGAUGAAACCACCAGCAGAAACAAUUCGCUUUUAAGGCCAGGAUUUUUUGUACGUGAAACACAGAAGCCGAU